AUGGUUUCUUUACGGGGAAUAAAUCUGAGGCCUCGUUUGCCAUUGAAGCAAGCUUUACCAGAGGACCCAGAAGAAGAGGAGUAUCGGCCUUGGCGAAAGAAGCUUUUAUGUUUCUCCUUCUCCCCAUAUUCAGUCAAAAUGGCUUUCAAAUUCAGUUGGAUCUCUCUUUUUAGAAUAUUUUUGCUUUGGCUUUUAAUUGCAGCCAUUGUCACGGCUUGCCUUACUCUCCCCGUUGAAAAGUUGUUGAAGGACUUCUUAGUAUGGAUAGAGCAAGAUCUUGGUCCUUGGGGUCCUCUUGUGCUAGCUGUUGCAUAUAUUCCUCUAACCGUACUGGCGGUUCCAGCUUCAGUACUUACGCUGGGUGGUGGUUAUCUCUUUGGUUUGCCAGUGGGUUUUGUUGCCGAUUCUAUUGGUGCUACAAUUGGUGCCGGAGCAGCAUUUCUUCUGGGUAGAACUAUUGGGAGGUCAUUUGUAAUUUCCAAGUUGAAAGACUAUCCGCAGUUCCGUGCAGUUGCAAUUGCAAUUCGGAAAUCUGGGUUCAAGAUUGUGUUGCUGCUUCGGCUUGUCCCUUUACUUCCAUUUAACAUGUUGAACUACCUCUUAUCCGUGACUCCAAUCUCCAUUGGACAUUACAUGCUAGCUUCAUGGUUGGGCAUGAUGCCAAUUACUUUUGCCCUAGUGUAUGUUGGGACAACUCUGAAGGAUCUUUCUGAUGUAACACAUGGAUGGGGUGAAUUUUCAAAAACCCGUUGGGCACUGAUAUUGUUAGGCCUUGUGAUUUCUGUGGUAUUAAUAAUUUGUGUUACUAGAGUUGCAAAAGCUGCUUUAGAGAAAGCGUUGGCUGGAAACGAGGAUGUAGAUGAUAUCGCAUCACCACAAUUACCCAUUCUGGCCGACUCUGCUAUAAAUCUCCACGAUCCGCUUAUAAUCAAGAUCGAUACCCCUCAAAAUCACCAUGAAGUAUAG